AUGGACUCGAAGCCAAUCUCGUAUCCAGCACUGUCAUGCGUUAUCAAAACAGACUUCAAAUUAAUGCGCCUGAGGAUCAUCUCGCUCUACUCUACGUCUGAUCGAUUUCAUGUCGUCGUCGUCUAAUUGGCCCUCGUUUAAACAUUCGAAUGAAUGCUGGGCACACAUUAUCUCCCGUCUUCUUCUUCGAUUCGCCAACAUUUUUGACUUUUGCUCGAGAUUGAUAAGAUCCUUCGUGUCUGCAGAGGCGAAAAUGGGUGAUGCGGUUUCCAUCGUGAGAGCUGAGAGAGAUCUGCAUGCUACUACACGUCUCUUCUUGUCGACAGAUAGAAUACCUUGGGAGGAGGCGAGACCAUUGUGGGCGACGUUGUAGCAAGAGUGAUUGUCGAAGGAUCGAUGGGCUUCUUCCUGUGCUUCUGGUUCAUAUGGUUCUUCAAGCCUUUCUCUGUUGGAAUAACUAGUUCGCAUACGGGACACUUCCACGCUCCACUGCCUUUUGUCGUCAAGGAUUUACCUUCUUUUCUCUGAAUUCGGAAUUGAUCAACUUCAGCCUCACUCGCAUUAUGCACUUCCCGAAGGUGUCGAUACACAUUGAUCGUCCUCCACGUCCGCCAUCUUUAUCAGCUUCUUCGUCUCCAGCUCCUGGAUCUGCCAGAAAACCCUAUUUUUUUCUCUAUAUAUUCCAUCACCACCAACACCUUCAUCCACUUCUUCGCCUGGAACGACGGGAUUUUCUACAAAAAUCGGAUUUUUUCUCUAUAUAUUUCAUCACCACCAACAUCUUCAUCAACUUCUUCAUCUCGAACUCCUGGAUUUCCUACAAAAAUCGGAUUUUUUUCUCUUCGUCAGUCAGAUUUAUGUAAAAAUAGUCCACCUCCACCGCCUUCUUCAUCCACUUCUUCGUCUCGAACUCCUGGAUUUUGCAGAAAAGGGCGACCCACCUCCACUGCACAAAAUGCGUCCGCUCUCUUAA